AGGCAACAAACUCCGUGUUGUGAAAACAUGAACAUACGAUAGAAAUAAUAUGUAACCUUUCAUUCACGUCCAAAAUAGCCUCCAGCGGAAACCGAUGCUUGCUCGAUUUAAUGGUUCUGUCAUCUGUCAGACAUCGAUAAGGAGAUAAACUGAACGCGAGGUUGAGUCAGAUAAGAUUCUUGUGCGUAUUGAAUUCGUUCAAGUGCUCGGUUGUAUCGGCUUGUUCAUUGCGUGGAGUUCAGAAAGCUCUCAGUGGUAUCAUUGACUUGUCGUAAGGUUUGUUUGCGCUAUUGUUGUAUCGAUCUGCGCGCUUUGAAUCAUUGCAUUUGGAUCGAUACCUAUAUUCUUCAGAGGUAUUCCUUACUAUCGUAAGUCUCUGCGUACUGAAAAAAAAUUAUGUUUCCAAGGUCAAUCGAGCGGUGUUAAUACGAAGCAAUGGAACCGUAUGUUUUUGUAAUAUUAUCAUUGGUUGUCGCGCAAGUGAACUCGCAAGGCUGGGGUUACCAGCUUUCCCCUCAAAUGCCGAACGUCUGUUCCUUUCAACGACGAGUUGUGUCUUAUCAACGACAACCAGAGAGAAAAACCAUCACAAAGAAUGUUCGAAUAAUGCAACCAGGCUGUAUCAGGCCACGAGAGUUGUGUUAUACCUCGCAGUUGCGGACUUUCUACUAUACAACAUACCGCAAUCAACCGAAGAUUGAAUACCGAACGGAAUACCAAUGUUGUCAGGGUUGGUCCCAGUAUCCCCAUCGACCUGGCUGUUCUUUGAGUGUGUGCACCAUUCGUCCGUGUUAUCAUGGAGGAAGAUGUACCGGAGGGGUUACUGGGUGUAUUUGUCCCAGGGGAUUUCAAGGACCACGUUGUGAAUAUGACACAGAUGAAUGCAAGACUCAGAAUGGGGGAUGCGAACAAAACUGUUGUAAUACCGUUGGCGGGUAUUACUGCACUUGUAACGCUGGUUAUACCUUGCAGAGCGAUAAGAAAAGUUGUUUAGAUGUGAAUGAAUGUAGCACAUCAAAUGGUGGAUGCAGUCAUACUUGUGUCAACUUACCAGGUUCAUACCAAUGCCGUUGUCCAAGUGGGUCUACUCUAGCUGCUGAUAAGAAAACGUGUUCAGGAGGAACUAGUAGGAGAUACACUGCUGGAAGUGAUUCAACACGAGAACGUCCCCAUCCAUACGAUCAACGGCGCUCUCGGCUAUCCAAUAGUUGCAAUUACAGAAAUGGCGGUUGUGAGGAUAUUUGUAAGGAGACGUAUUAUGGUGUGGUGUGCGAUUGUAAGGUUGGGUAUGUUUUGUCGCGGGACUUCGUUUCUUGCAAAGAUUCAGAUGAGUGUAAGGAGAACAAUGGUGGAUGUCAACAUACAUGUGUGAACACAGAGGGAUCAUUUAAAUGCGGUUGCCAGUCUGGAUAUACACUGUCUAGUAAUAAGAGAAGUUGCGACGAACAUUUACCGUGCAGUGAAAGAAACGGUGGCUGUGAUCACACUUGCCUGAUCGUGGAUAGUUACAAAGAGGAAUGUGAAUGCAGGUCUGGCUUUAAACUCAUGUCCAAUGGAAAAUCCUGCGCAGAUAAAAAUGAGUGCAGCGAUAAAAACGGUGGCUGUCAACAUUAUUGUAGAAAUACAGCUGGUUCUUACAGGUGUUUGUGCAAGGAAGGUUUUACAAGCAAAGUCAAUGAUACCCUCUCGUGUGAAGAUGUUGACGAAUGCAAAACGGAAGCCUCAAAAUGUACCCAGAGAUGUGUGAACAAUGAAGGCUCUUACACGUGCGAAUGUGAAAAAGGAUUUGAACUGCAACAAGAUCAAGUGACUUGUCGAGCCAUGCCGACCACACGACCAUUAACCUUUACCUCAGGAGAUGGUGGUAAUAGAAGAAAUAUUGAAGAUGAUACUGUUCCACGUUGUCCUCAAGGCUCCUUCGGUCCUAAGUGUUCGUUGACAUGUGAGGAUUGUCUCAAUGAAGCGUAUUGUGAUCUCGAGAAUGGCACGUGUGUAUGUGCACCUGGAUUUUUUGGUGAAUUUUGUGCCGAACGUUGCUCAGUUGGAUUCUAUGGUCAAGAUUGUAAAGAGGAAUGUCCGUGUGAGAACGGGGCCCAUUGUCAUCACGUGACUGGGGAAUGCACAUGCGCACCCGGGUAUACCGGAGCAAGAUGCGAAAAUGAGUGUCGUAACGGUACGUUUGGGAUCGGAUGUAAGCCAUGCAAAUGCGCGGAAGAAACAACGAUAAAGUGUGACCGUGUUACUGGAGAAUGCAUUUGUAAACCUGGAUACAUAUCUGAGCUUUGCGAUGAAAGAUGCGAGACAGGCUACUUUGGUGAGAAUUGUCUUGAGAGGUGUGCAUGCCCAGUAGACGUUGAAUGCGAUCAUGUUAUUGGCACGUGCUUGUACGUAUGUCCAGCAGGCUUGAUUGGCGAUAAUUGCACAAGCUACUGUCCCCCCGGUACUUAUGGCUAUGGAUGUACAAGCCGUUGUGAGUGUGCAGCAGGAAUAAGAUGUCGGCCAACUGACGGAAUAUGCUUGUGUCCGCGUGGAAGGACUGGACCAAAAUGCGACAGAGAGUGUCCAUAUCGAAUGUACGGCGAUAACUGUGAAGGAGAGUGUGAUUGUGCUGGUGAUAUCCCAUGUGAUCCAUUAAAUGGGAGAUGUCUUUGUCCCGAUGGAAAGAUUGGUCAGAGAUGCGAAAAUGAUUGUCCAGUUGGAACAUUUGGUCGGGGUUGUCAAGAGUUGUGUGAAUGUGUAGGUGAGGAAACCUGUGACCCUGUGACUGGCAAGUGUGACUGUGGAGAGGGAAGAAAAGGUUUUCAUUGUGAAGAGGCAUGUGAGAGUGGUAUGUAUGGCAAGGAGUGUAGGGGGAUGUGUAAUUGUGCAGUAGAGAAGCGUUGUGAUCCAAUCACAGGUGACUGCCUGUGUCCUCCGGGACGACUAGGAGCUCAUUGUGAAGAAGAGUGCCCGCCGGAUCGCUUCGGUUUAAAUUGUCUCGAGGUUUGUGAUUGUGAAGCCAAGUGUGAUCCAAUCACUGGAAAGUGUACGUGCCCGGCUGGGAAGACUGGGAAGAACUGCAGUAUAGAUUGUCCUGAAGGAACCUACGGUGAUUAUUGCGUGAACAAAUGUGAUUGCAUCCCUGGGGUUCAUUGCGAUGCUGCCACGGGAAGGUGUGUCUGCCCUCCUGGAUGGAAGUCACCUGACUGCAGAGAAAAAUGUGACGAAGGCUCCUACGGUUUGGACUGCGGGUACAAGUGUGAAAUUUGUACAGGAAAGCAUGAACAAUGCCAUCAUAUUACGGGAAAAUGUGUAAGAGUUUGCAAGCAUGGUUUCUAUGGACCAGACUGUAACAUCACCUGUCCGUGCGAGUCUCAUUCAAAAUGCGAUCCGUAUAAUGGAACGUGUUGGUGCGCCUUGGGUUAUACUGGAGAGCGGUGUAGUGAAGAUUGUCCUGAAGGAAAAUUUGGGCAUGAAUGUCGGUUCAACUGCACAUGUCAGAAUGACGCUAGAUGCAAUCAUGUGACGGGCAGAUGCCGCUGUGCGGUGGGGUGGAUUGGCUCAAAUUGUGAGAAACCUUGUCCGAAAGGUUGGUUUGGUCAGCUAUGCUCUUCACCAUGUAAAUGCAAGAACAAUGGCACUUGUGAUAGGUUGCGAGGUACCUGUACGUGCGGACCUGGUUACCUUGGUGAACACUGCGAUGAAGCAUGUGAACUUGGUACGUAUGGUUUGGGUUGCAAAGAGAAGUGCAAAUGUAAAAAUGGCGGUUUUUGUGACAAGGCCACAGGUCGUUGUAACUGCGGACUCGGAUGGACAGGAGAGUUGUGUGAAGAAGAAUGUCCUACUGGGCGCUUUGGUCCAAACUGUGAACUGGAAUGUUCGUGUCAACAUGGAGGGACUUGUGAUCAAAUAACAGGUGGCUGUAACUGUCCAGCGGGGUAUUACGGUCAUGCCUGUCAACAUGCUUGUCCUGCGGGCAGAUAUGGUCCAGUUUGUGAGAAGAUAUGUAACUGUGGACAUGGUGCUACUUGUGAUCCUGAGACGGGAGCUUGCAUUUGUCUUCCUGGUUGGAUUGGAAGAGACUGUAGAAUACGUUGUCCCACUGGUCGCUAUGGCUACGGCUGUCUCUAUCAUUGUGAAUGUGCGAGAACGCAUUGUGAUCACGUGACUGGGGAAUGUAUUUGUAAUUCUGGUUCAAUUGGUGAUGCGUGUGAAAAAAGAUGCGAGCGUGGUUACUACGGUAUCAAAUGCUCUAGCAAAUGCGAUUGCCUGCCGAAUGGAGGAUGCCAUUUCUCGUCAGGGACUUGCAGAUGCGAUGGAAAACACUUUGGUGCAAAAUGCACUCACAAUGUUGACAAAAUCGAGAGGGCACAUUUCCCGGUCUAUUUUAAUAAGCCAGUGCUAUAAGUUACAAUUGUACAGUCAUAAAAAAUGUUUAUUGAAUUGCUAUUUGGCUCAAAGUACUCGGUAAGGCAGGUUAGUAUAGACUGGUGCACGUUGAAGUGUAUAUUUGAUAUUUGUUGAAAAUGCUGCGUCUUUCGCUCAUGAAGUUUACUGAAAAAAUAUGACGUCAUCUAAGUUUAGCUGCAAGUUCCCCACUCUUGAAGAUCCAAAUCAAUUUUAAAUUGCAUUGAUUCAAAUAGAAUGAUUUUGUCUUGUCUAUAUAGUAACUUUAUUUAACGUGUAAGAAUACUAGCUACAAAACUAUCGAGAAAAGAUAAAAUAAUUUAGUUAGAAUAAAUAAAGAGUAUAAAUAUAUAACUACAAAUUUCUUUAACUGUUCAAUGAUUUGACCUUCAGGCAAAAAUUUCUAAAGACGUUACGAAUCAACGACCACUGUUCCUCAUUUAUAUAAUUCACUAAUCUUUAAACUUCCUGUAACAGCUCUCGCAUAACUGUCUCAAUUGCUCGUCCGUAAUGAAAAUACUACCUCGGGAGGACUGG